AUGUCUGCAGUUAACCCUUUCAAAAGGACAUGUCAGAACUUGAUAUUCAACAUAAGGAAUUUCAAGCAUCCUUCAAAAAGACCAGUUUUCAGGUCUUCAGUUCAUCCGUUUUGCACGAAUUCCCAAUUAUUAGAUGCAUCUUAUACUCAUUGGUUGAUGAAGACGGGUAAAACAAUACCCUCACAGAUCUUUAAUAGUUUGGUAACGUUGCAGGAAGAAUAUGAAAGUCAAGGUUCAAAAGAUGAUAAUAAAAAAUUCAAUACUUUACCCCCAUCAGCAGUUUAUGCUCAUGAAAUAUCGCAAACUUUAAGUAUACCAACUCAACUUUCAAUUGACGACCAAAAAAAGAAGGAUCAUCCCCAUUUGCAUCAUAAGAUAGCUGGCUUUCUUCGGCAAGACGAUUUCAAACUGAUUCUUGACUUGAUCAAAUUGCAUAGAUAUGAAUUACCUGUAAAUAUUCUAAACGAAAUCAUAUCCAAAGCAAACGAAAAAGUUGAGAAUUUGGAAAAAGAUGAAGUGAUAGAGACCCCUAGAUUCAAAGGAAUCAAGGAGCUUGAUAAAGUUCGAACUCACCGACGGAUAUACUCUGAUUUACCCGAUUUAUACGAAAUAUGUCGAAUACAUGAGUGUCGAUAUUUGAAUGAUCAGUAUUUUCAAGAGAAUUAUAUUUGGCUAUGUUAUCAUAUGAAUGAUCUAACUAGACUACAAAGAUUUCUAUAUAUGUACUUGAAGAACUCAACUUAUUCGUCCAAAACUUUAAGUUAUAUAAUGAGUGGAUUUAUAAUUAACUAUGAGGUUGAAUUUGCUAAAAAUUUGUUUCUGAGCUUGAUUGGAAUCCUGAAAAGUUUGAGUUCUAGACUUUUAGAGGUCGUUAUUUAUCAAUUCAUUAAAGUUGAUUCUCUCUUUGAAAACAUCAAUUCGAUCUUUGAUAUUUGGAUAAAGUCAAAUAACUGUGAGAACCCAAAUAUAUCCACCAUUGACUUAAUUUUAAAAGAAAACUAUAAGUUUGGUACAAACGAAGAGGUUUCGAAAAUUCAUCAAUAUAUUGAAUCCAAAUCAUUAAAUGACCAUUACUUAAUACAAUCAACAAAAUUACAAAAUGAAAUUAUCAAGCGUGAUCCAGUAAAUCCAAAGAAACCAAUAACUCAACAUGAUUUGCUCAAGAUUGAUGAAAUUUGUAACUCAAUUAAUGAUGUCAAAGAUUUAACUAAGUUUUAUAACGAAAUAUUAACCUUUUUUGCUAAGCAUUCAAACAUUAAGAUGAUUCAGUUCAUUAUAAUCAAGAUGAAAAAGGAUGACAUCCCAUUCAAUGAUGAAUUUUUAAAUAUUCUUAUCAAUUUUUAUGUCAGAUCAGAGAAUUUCUUGACGCUAAUCAAUUUCAUCACCAGUACAUCAACCAUGGAACAAGAGAAUGGGCUAACAUUUAAUCAUGAUUUCUUAUUCAAAGUUUAUAAAACCUUUGUUCAAACAUAUCCUUACCAUGCGGUGAACUUUGAUGAGGGAUUUCAAAAAUGGGUAACGCACAAUUCUAAGUUAUCAUUAGAAUCAAAAGCAUUAAUCUUAGAGAAAUGUCAAAUCAGUAAAAUAGAAUCUCGUUUAACUCCAUAUAAUUUGAAAUUACCUGAAAUCAACACUAAGAAAUACGACCAAUCAGAAUGGAGUGAUCUUAAAUGGGCAAUUGAUCCGUUAAACGGAAGAGUUUUACAACACGAAAGACAAAUUGAAUUCAGAAUAAAUAAAGGGUUCCAAGAUAUAUUAAGAAAGGGUAUUAAGCCUGAUUAUAAAAUGUUAGAAAAUACUUUUAGAAGAUGUGGAAAGCAAAAAAGAAAUAUGAUUUACUCUUUACUAUGGACAACAAGAUUAUACAAACAUAAAUUUGAUUUAGAUGUGCUUAAUUUACAGUUAUCAAGAGUUUCAAAAGAUGAUUUGGUGAGAUUUGUUAACAGCAAUAAUUUAAGUGUCAAACAUAAGAUCUUCUUAUCGAGAAUCAUGAUGAAUAAAUACUUAUACGAAGAAACCAGUCAAUUAUUGUCAAGUAUUGAUCAAGAUGACAUGACGGAUAAACAAAAAAUGUUUGCUCUUAACAUUGGUUUGAGAAAUCACAUGAAUAAUGGAGAGUUUAGCAAGAUGAUUGAACAAAUUAAUAACUUCCCAAUUGAUGGUAAUAUAUUGAGCCCAUUUUUAUCCCAUAACUGUCGACACAUUGAGAGAAAGUUGGUACAGAAAUCAAAAAAGGAUCAAUCAUCCAACGAAGAUUUGAAACAACUUAUCGAUAGACUACAUGGUUUUAUUGGUGAUGUUGAAUUAAGAUUAGAACAAGAUAAACUAGAUCUAACUAGUAAGAUCAAAGAUAUGUUUGGAUUUUUCAAUGACUGGAUCAACAAAAGCUUAAACGAAACUGACGAGAGACGCUUAUAG